AUGGUUGAAGAAGGACUUGCGACUUCUACACCAGCUGUAGAGAAGCAGUCCGAAAUAAGAUGUGUUGCUUCAACAGGCGACAAAUAUCGCUGCACCGUCGACGAGACGCAUCCUGGCUGGGCUGAACAAGUUUACGGCGUCGCGACUUCCUUAGACAGGAACGAGAGCAAUUGCUUCCGCCAUGCCCUUCUGUCAGCCGAUGGCACCGCUGUAGUCACAUAUAACGAGGAUCUCAUAUUGAGAACCUUUGCAGUUCCCUCAUUCCACGGCGACGAGAAGCCGGCAAUAGUCUCACCCUAUUGCUCUGCUCCUUCACCAAUCAAGCUCUCAUCCUUUACCCUUCACCCCGCCUUCGAUGUCACCAACCCUGCGAGUACCCUUCUCUUGACCUCUCAGCCAGACCUACCUCUUCGCUUGACUAACGCUCUCGAUCUCUCAUAUACACACGCAUCUUAUACAUGGCAGAAUCCUCUUACCGAAGCCUACAUUUCGCCAUCAUCCCUGCUCUUCAUUGACAACACCCGCUUCAUUGCUGGUACAAAAGACAAUAUCGCUCUAUUCGAUAUAGAAGUUGGAGGAGGGCCGGUGAACGAGUAUCCUACAAGAAAAGGUCGCAAGGCGAGGAAACUCUAUGGUGCCGAUACUGCAGGCAUUGGCGGCAUAGUUUCCUCAUUGGCUCUGUCCGCUGAUAACAUCCUGGCCGCAGGAACGUACAAUCGUCAAGUAGGCUUGUUUGAGAAUGCCGGACAAGGAGAGACUGUGGCCGCCUUCGACUUGAAGUUCAAUGACGCAGAAGACAGUCUGCUUAGAGGCAACGGUGUCAGCCAACUUGCUUGGAGUCCAUGUGGAAAUUACCUCUUCGUCGCCGAACGUCAGAGCGAUGCUCUACUUGUGUACGAUAUCAGGCACACCGGACAGCGGCUAAGCUAUGUGACUGGACGUUGUGCACUUACUACACUUAAGCUGUCCUUCGACGUCGCGAGCAAUCCUGAAGGAAAGAUUGAUAUCUGGGCUGGCGGAACAGAUGGCAAGGUCAGGGUUUGGUGCGAUGUGACCUCGAGAGAAGGUCGUAUAGAACCAGACUGUGCUCUGCAUGCCAGUCAUGGUGAGCAUCCUUCUCUUUAA